AUUUCAAAGACGAGGAAAGAAAAGAGAAUAAAAUAAAACGCUGCUGCAGAAAGGCUAAAGCCCACAACUGGGCCCAUGAAGAAACAUGGCCCAACUUUUCCGGCCGCCUGCUGCCUGCAUCCCUUCACUUCUUCUCACUUUCAGAAGACGACGUAGACAAACGUCAAGAGGGCCGACCGCCGACCACGAUGGAAGCCGGAGGCGGCGGAGCCGAGGAGGAGCAGGUGAUGAGCGAGGUGCACCUGGGCUGCCCGCCGCACUUCUCCGGCCUCCACGUCUCCCGCUUCAGCUUCUCCUCACGGCCCGGCCAUCUGGGGACAACGACGGCGGUGGCGGCGACGGGAGCGAGCUAGUCGCAGCAACGAGCGGUUCUUGUGAUUCGCCUGGUGCAGUCGCCGUGGAUGAGGAUGGGGAUCUCGUUCUGGACAGGAGGAGAGGAAGAAAUAAAUAUGUUAGAAGUGACUGCCAUCUGCUCACAAUUCAGCAUGGUGUUACCAGCUCGCUUAAGAGUGUUGGGCUUCAGGUUUGGAAAGCAGCCUUACUAUUAGCUGACUUUGUUUUGCACAAAAGCUUUUCAUCGUCCAACUUUGAUGGUGUUACUGCCAUUGAGAUAGGUGCUGGAACAGGUUUGGUAGGUUUAGCACUUGCUCCGGUUGCUAGAAGGAUUUUUGUUACAGAUAGAGGCACUGAUAUCCUAGAUAAUUGCUUGGCUAAUGUCCAUAUCAACUCUGGUAUGCUAAAGUUUGAUGAAGCUAAAGUCUGUGUACGGGAACUGGACUGGAAAACGUCAUGGCCUCCACCUGUGGGUACAUAUGAUCCUUCUGAUCCAAGUCGGUAUUUAUGGUCUGCAAGUGAAGUUGAGGAGGCUGAGAAAGCAACAGUCCUGUUUGCUGCCGAUGUUAUUUACAGUGAUGAUCUCACAGAUUUGUUCUUUGACACGGUGAAGAAAUUGAUGUCAAGUGGUGCCAAGAAGGUGCUAUACUUGGCCCUGGAGAAGAGAUACAACUUCAGUCUAGACGAAUUAGACGUUGUGGCCAAUGGUUACAUGCACUUCCGAAGUUUCUUCACAGCUCAAGAUGGGCAUGGCGAUCCGAUUGAUGGAUAUGGACCAGGUUUUGUUGGAAAGCAGAUAGACCCUGCAGAGAUUCCUCAGUACAUCAGAGAAUAUGAGAGGGGCAAGGAUUUAGAGAUGUGGAUGAUCAUGUACAGUCCGGACCAGAAACAGCAGUAAGGCAAGGAUUUAGAGAUGUGGACGAUCAUGUACAGUACGGACCAGAAACAGCAGUAACUCUACAAAAAUCGUCUUUUCCUUCCAGCAGGAAGGAGAGAAGUGAGCAAUGCAUGCUAUUCCGCCGUAUUAUCACUAACCUCAAAUGACUCUGGAAAACCUUCUGUUUGAGGUAAAUUCUGCACUUGCAGGUUCCAACAACAAAUAUCAUCGUCGAUUGCCACAAAUGCAUGAUCCCCAGGAUGAUCCUACCAAGAACAAGCAACGGAGCAUCCCCAGGACAAAUGCUGUGUCGAUCGGUCUGGCAAUGAUCGAUCGGCCUGCAGGCUCUGGCCUUGGAGUUCUUGUAGGAUCGGCAUUGAACUUGGAGUCCUGGCCUCCUGGGUGCAACGAGCCGGCUAGCUUUGCUCGCCACCAUUUUGGCCACUGGCACGAGCGGUUCUGCCAGGUGCACUCGGCUUCGGCGCAUAGUCCGGUCCGGCCGCUGCACAGGCUGGUUGCCGGAUGCCGGGCUGGCAAGUGGCAACGCGUGCGAUCCUUAACACCGUGUCUGUGUCGUGUGGUGACCAAGGUUGUCAAACUCAGUUUUGCUAGCUCUGGAAAAUUCCGGAUGGUAUUGCAAUCCUCACCCUGACUUUGUCAUAAGAUCUAUUUAUUUUUGUAUUGUAAGGUUUUAUUUACUCUUUUUUACAGUGUUAUAUGUUGUGUAAUAAUUAAAUGGUCUAUUUAGUAUUAGUAAACUAAAAGAUUGUACUUUGGUUCAUACUCGACAGUUUAAUUUUGCCUUUGGUUA